AUGACCAUUCAUCUCUAUCCUGAAAACGACAUCGACAAAAUCCCUACGUACAACCACAAUCAUGGUCGCUCGACUCACCAACAGAUCGAGGCUUGGGUCAGUCACCUGGGCUACGAUACCUCUCGACCAGGUACACCUUCUGCUCCUUCUGUCAAUCCUCAUACUAUCCAUGGAUUACGAAAGAAACAGGCCGGACAUUCUGGUCCCCUUAAGAAAGUCUUAGUUGCCAAUCGUGGUGAAAUCGCUAUUCGAGUGUUCAGGACAGCCCACGAAUUGGCAAUGUCCACAGUGGCCAUCUACUCCCAUGAAGACCGAAUGGGUGCUCACAGAUACAAAUCCGAUGAGUCGUACUUGGUUGGUAAAGGAUUGGCUCCAGUCGCUGCCUACUUGUCUCAAGAUGAUAUCGUUAGGAUCGCUUUGGAACAUGAAGUUGAUAUGAUUCAUCCUGGUUACGGUUUCCUCUCUGAGAACGCAGGAUUCGCCAAGAAAGUCGAAGACGCAGGAAUAGCCUUUAUUGGUCCUCGACCAGAGACCAUCGAUGCUUUGGGAGACAAGACCAAAGCUAGAACAUUAGCAAUCAAGACUGGUGUACCUGUCGUUCCUGGUACUCCAGGUCCAGUAGAAUCUUACGACAAAGCAUCUGCAUUCAUUGAGAAGUACGGUUUCCCAGUGAUCAUCAAGGCUGCUAUGGGUGGUGGUGGACGUGGUAUGAGAGUGGUCAGAGAUCAAGAAUCUUUCAAGGAAAGUUUCGAAAGAGCUGUUAGUGAAGCGAAAUCUGCUUUUGGUGAUGGUACUGUUUUCAUUGAACGAUUCCUCGACCGACCAAGACACAUUGAAGUCCAGUUGCUCGCUGAUGGCGAAGGAAACUGUGUACACCUCUUCGAACGAGACUGUUCAGUACAAAGACGACACCAAAAGGUCGUCGAAGUCGCUCCUGCUCCUCACCUCGAUGAAUCAGUCCGACAAGCUAUCCUCAGCGAUGCCCUCAAGCUUGCCCGAGGUGUCAAUUACCGAAAUGCGGGUACUGCCGAAUUCUUGGUCGAUCAACAGAACCGACACUACUUCAUUGAGAUCAACCCCCGUAUCCAAGUCGAACACACUAUCACCGAAGAAAUCACCGGUAUCGAUAUCGUCGCUGCUCAAAUUCAAAUCGCUGCUGGUGUCACUCUCGAACAACUUGGUUUGACCCAAGAACACAUCCACCGAAGAGGUUUCGCUAUUCAAUGUCGAAUCACCACUGAAGACCCCGCUGCCGGAUUCCAACCUGAUACUGGUAAGAUCGAAGUGUACCGAUCUGCUGGUGGUAAUGGUGUUCGAUUGGACGCUUCUUCUGGUUACGCCGGUGCGCAAAUCACCCCUCACUACGACUCGUUGCUUGUCAAAUGUUCAGUCAGUGGUGCUACUUUCGAAGUGGCUAGAAGAAAGAUGUUGAGAGCUUUGAUCGAAUUCAGAAUCAGAGGUGUUAAGACCAACAUUCCAUUCCUUAUUCGAUUACUUACCCACCAAGUCUUCGAAUCCGGUAAGACCUGGACCACCUUCAUUGACGACACCCCAGAUCUCUUCAAACUUGUCCACUCUCAAAACAGAGCUCAGAAACUCCUUGCCUACCUUGGAGACUUGGCCGUCAACGGUUCAUCUAUCAAAGGUCAAAUGGGUGAACCUGGUCUCAACACAGAAGCCAUUAUUCCUCAAAUCAGGGAUAACGCCGAUUCUUCCAAGAUCGUCGAUACUUCCGUUCCUUGUCAGAACGGUUGGAGAAACAUCAUCGUCAACGAGGGUCCUGAAGCUUUCGCCAAAGCCAUCAGAAACUACAAAGGUACCCUUAUCAUGGAUACCACCUGGAGGGAUGCCCACCAAUCUCUUUUGGCUACUCGAAUGCGAACAGUCGACAUGGCCAACAUCGCCAAAGAGACUUCCCACGCUCUACAAAACGCAUAUUCUCUGGAAUGUUGGGGUGGAGCCACUUUCGACGUCUCUAUGCGAUUCUUAUAUGAAGAUCCAUGGGACCGAUUGAGAACUCUUCGAAAACUAGUACCUAACAUUCCACUUCAAGCUUUGGUCCGAGGUGCCAACGCAGUAGGAUACACUUCAUACCCCGAUAAUGCGAUUUACGAUUUCUCCAAGAAAGCCGUCGAAGCUGGACUGGAUAUUUUCAGAAUUUUCGAUUCGCUCAAUUACCUUGACAACUUGAAGAUUGGUAUUGAUGCUGCCAAGAAGGCAGGUGGUGUGGUAGAAGCUACCAUCUGUUACUCUGGUGAUGUCGCCAAUCCCAAGAAGACCAAGUACACCUUACAAUAUUACCUCGAUUUGACCGACGCGUUGGUGAAAGAAGGUAUUCACGUAUUGGGUAUCAAAGAUAUGGCUGGUUUACUUAAACCAGAAGCCGCGAGACUAUUGAUCGGUUCAAUCCGAAAGGCCCACCCUGAUUUACCUAUUCACGUACACUCGCAUGAUACUGCUGGUAUCGCCGCCGCAAGUAUGAUUGCUUGUGCGCAUGCUGGUGCGGAUGUGGUUGAUGUUGCUAUUGAUGAUCUUUCGGGUCUCACUUCUCAACCAGCUAUGGGAGCUGUCUGCUCAGCUCUGGAACAAACCGGUCUCGGAACUGGUAUCUCCCACGAGAACAUCCAGGCCUUGAACCAGUACUGGUCUCAAAUCAGAAAACUCUACCAAUGUUUCGAGGCUAAUGUCAGAGCUUCUGAUUCCGGUGUCUUCGACCAUGAAAUGCCUGGAGGUCAAUACACCAACCUUCAGUUCCAAGCUUCUCAACUUGGUCUCGGUACUCAAUGGUUAGAUAUCAAAAAGAAGUACAUCGAAGCCAACCAACUUUGUGGUGAUAUUGUCAAAGUCACCCCUUCCUCUAAGGUCGUCGGUGACUUCGCCCAAUUCAUGGUAUCCAACAACCUCUCCAAGGAAGAUGUAUUGGACAAAGCUGCCACUUUGGAUUUCCCAUCGAGUGUAGUAGAGUUUUUCCAAGGAUACUUGGGUCAACCAUACGGGGGAUUCCCCGAACCACUCCGAUCGAACAUUAUCAGAGACAAGGAGAGGAUCGAUCAAAGACCUGGUUUAUCGAUGAAACCUCUAGACUUCCAAACCAUCAAGAAAGAAUUAAGGGAUAAAUUCGGUUUGCACAUCACCGAUUUCGAUGUGGCGAGUUAUUACAUGUACCCUAAGGUCUUUGAGGAGUUCCAAGGUUUCGUGGAGAAGUAUGGUGAUUUGAGUGUCGUUCCUACUCGAUACUUCCUCGGUAAACCCGUCAUCGGCGAGGAAAUGUCCAUCUCUAUCGAACAAGGUAAAACCCUUACUAUCAAAUUACUCGCAGUUGGUACAUUGAAUGAACAAAAGGGAACGAGAGAAUGUUUCUUCGAACUUAACGGUGAGACCCGUGCAGUGGUCAUUGAAGAUACCAAUGCUGCUAUCGAGCAUGUCUCGAGGGAAAAGGCAUCUUCCGAUCCUGGAUCUAUCGGUUCACCAAUGUCCGGUGUGGUAAUUGACGUUAGAGUGAAGGAAGGUCAGGAAGUCAAGGCUGGUGACCCCUUGUGUGUCUUGAGUGCUAUGAAGAUGGAAUCAGUCGUCUCUUCACCUGUCUCAGGUAAAGUAAAGAGAGUAUUGGUGAAGGAGAACGAUUCGAUCGCUCAAGGUGAUUUGACCGUUGAGAUCACCCAUUAA